CUAUUUGAGCAAGUGCUUGAAGGAGAGGAGAGAUGAGCCACAUUCUCUCUGGGUAUGGAAGGGAUUCGGCCAUAUUAGGCCAAGGGACCGCUGGUGCAAAGGCCUUGGGGUGGGAGUGUGACUGACAGGUUUGGAGAACGGAGAGGCCAGGGUGGCUGGGAAUGGGGUGUACAGGGUGGUGGCAUGGGAGCUGAAUGGGUUAGAGAUCAUGGUGGGCCUUGUAGGUCAUUGGAAGGGCUUGGGCUUUGACUCUGAGGAACCACUGGAGGGUGUUAAGCAGAGAAGCAAUGUGAUGUCAUUUGUUUGUUAAUGCUUGUUAAUUUUUAAGACAGAAUGGGGAGGGGCAGAGAGAGAGGGAGACAGAGGAUCUGAAGUGGGCUCCAUGCUGACAGCAGAGAGCCCGACACCGGGCUCGAACUCCAGAGCUGUGAGACUCCUGACCUGAGUUGAAGUUGGACACUUAACCGACUGAGCCACCCAGACGCCCUGUGACGGGAUUUGUUUUAGUGGCUGCUUGUUGAGACUAGACUGCAGGGCGGAGGUAGGGCCGGGAGCCUGGUUAGGAGGCCAUUGUUGCACUUGAGGUAUGAGGCCGAGGAGGCAGUGGGGAUGGAGAGAAUGAAUGGAUUUUCAGAAUGGCCGGGUGAGUUAGGCUCUCAGAAGAGAUACCAAGUCAUACAACUUUUGGGCCUUGCCUUGUCCUCUUACACAGCCUGCUUUCAGGAGUGAGGACUUCAGUCAGGGAGAGGGGUCGGUGGUUGUGUCUGGUUCUCACAGUGAGUUAACAUGCUGGCCUCUGGUUUCCCUCACCUGCCUCUUGCAAGUUUCUUUUGCAUGAGUCAGCAUCCUGAGUGACACUAGCUCGGGGACACCAGUGGACCAGUUUCUAACCUACAAGCCUAGCUGGAUGUGGACAUUAACUUCGUGAAAAUUUUGCACAACCAUUUUGCCAGCCUCCAGUGGUGGUACCCCAGUCUCCUGCCUUGGCAAGCUCAGGAUACAGUGCAGGUGCCUGUCCUUGCCGCAUCCCAGAAAUUAGCUGGGCCGAGAGUUGACAAUAGCAGUGAUCAACCCUCAACAAAUAAUGUCCUUGGUCCUGACUCCAUUCUGGGUGCUUUAGAGAUAAUAAAUCACGUCCUUGUCAUCACAGCAUGUGAGGCGGGUUCUGUAAUUAACCCCAUUUUACAGAUGAGGGGCGUGAGCCACAGCUUGCCAAAGGUCACAAGGGGAGUGAGCGGCAGAGCUGGGACUGUGAGUUCUCUCUGCAGUCGAAGACCUGUUUUAUUUCUCUUGUAUGUGGCUUACAGGGGAGAUUUUACUCUCUGUGAAAAUUACAAAUGGGUAUACGUUUGACCCAGCAACCUCACCGCUGGGAAUUCAUCCCAUUUAUGAUAGCAAAGCCCAGCAACAACCCAGGUGGCCAUCGGUAGGGGACCAGUUAAAUAAAUGACGGUCCAUCUGUAUGCUGGAGUGUAGGAAACCCAUAAGAAAGAGGGAGGGUGUGCUCUGUUUUCCGCUGUGGAGGGAUCUCCAGGGUAUAUGUGUCAUCACGAGAGAAAGUCAAGAUGCAGAAUAGGGUAUGUUCUCGUUUGUGUUAGAAAGAAGGAGACGCUGGAAACCUUGUUGACAUUGAUUUGUAUUUGCCUGAAGAAACGUUAGAAGGAUGUCCAAGAAACUAAGUAAAGUGGGAGCCCUCAGAGGGUGGCGGGGGCAGUGAGGUUGGACAGGGAUGGGCCAGAGACAGCCUUCCCUCAGUACCUUCCACAACCUUAUUUGAAUUUUGAAUCAGGGGAAUGUUUUUUUCCUGUUAAAACCAAACAUUCAGAUGAGGUACCGACUUUCAACACUAUACUCCCUCCUCCGCUUCCGAACCGUGCUCCCAGUGGUGCCCUUGUCAGGAUCUGUUACGGAUGAUAUUCCUCAGGACUAUGAGGCAGCCUGUGUCUGCAGGUGCUGAAGGAGACUCUGUUGUGCUGUGGGCACAACAUAAUGGACAGUUUUCGCCUUUUACAAAAGAGGUGGGAGAUGGGAGUGCUGAGAUCCACUUGGAAGCAUCGUCCUAACACUGCUCCUUAGGGAGGAAAGCUCGUGUACGAGCGCAUCUUCUCCAUGUGUGUGGAUAACCGCAGCGUCUUACCAGAUCACUUCUCUCCAGAGAAUGUCAAUGACACGGCUAAAGAAACAUGCUUAAAUUGGUUUUUCAAGAUUGCUUCCAUCAGGGAACUCAUUCCGAGAUUUUAUGUGGAAGCAUCCAUCCUGAAAUGUAACAAGUUCCUCUCCAAAACGGGGAUUUCAGAAUGUCUGCCCCGACUGACGUGUAUGAUUCGAGGGAUUGGAGACCCGCUGGUGUCUGUGUACGCGAGGGCCUAUCUGUGCCGGGUGGGGAUGGAGGUGGCUCCACAUCUGAAAGAAAGCCUGAAUAAGAACUUCUUUGACUUUCUCCUCACAUUCAAACAGAUUCAUGGCGAUACAGUCCAGAACCAGCUGGUGGUCCAGGGAGUGGAGCUCCCAUCCUACCUGCCCUUGUACUCACCUGCCAUGGAUUGGAUCUUCCAGUGCAUCUCGUACCAUGCCCCCGAGGCCCUGCUAACUGAGAUGAUGGAGAGAUGCAAGAAACUAGGAAACAACGCCUUGCUGUUGAAUUCCGUGAUGUCUGCUUUCCGGGCCGAGUUCAUCGCCACGAGGUCCAUGGAUUUCAUUGGCAUGAUUAAAGAGUGUGAUGAGUCGGGUUUCCCCAAGCAUCUUCUUUUUCGCUCACUGGGGUUAAACUUAGCCUUGGCUGACCCUCCUGAGGGUGAUCGACUCCAGAUUCUCAAUGAAGCUUGGAAAGUUAUCACUAAGUUGAAGAAUCCACAGGACUACGUUAACUGUGCCGAGGUAUGGGUGGAGUACACCUGCAAGCAUUUCACGAAACGAGAGGUGAAUACCGUUUUGGCUGAUGUCAUCAAGCACAUGACUCCAGAUCGUGCAUUUGAAGACUCCUACCCUCAGCUUCAGUCGAUAAUUAAGAAAGUGAUCGCCCACUUCCAUGAUUUCUCCGUUCUCUUCUCAGUGGAAAAAUUUUUGCCAUUUCUGGACAUGUUCCAAAAAGAGAGUGUCCGGGUGGAGGUUUGCAAAUGCAUCAUGGAAGUUUUUAUCAAGCAUCAGCAGGAGCCCACAAAGGACCCCGUCAUUCUGAACGCCCUUUUGCACGUUUGCAAGACCAUGCAUGACUCUGUGAAUGCACUCACUCUUGAGGAUGAGAAAAGAAUGCUGGCAUAUUUGAUUAAUGGAUUUAUAAAAAUGGUGUCCUUUGGCCGUGAUUUUGAACAGCAACUAAGUUUUUACGUUGAGGCUAGGUCAAUGUUUUGCAACCUGGAACCUGUUCUUGUGCAGUUGAUUCACAGUGUAAACCGGUUGGCAAUGGAAACAAGAAAAGUAAUGAAAGGAAAUCAUUCCAGAAAGACGGCUGCAUUUGUGCGGGCCUGUGUUGCCUACUGCUUCAUUACCAUUCCCUCCCUGGUGGGCAUCUUCACGCGCCUCAACCUCUACCUGCAUUCUGGUCAGGUUGCCUUGGCCAACCAGUGCCUUUCCCAAGCCGAUGCCUUCUUCAAAGCCGCUAUAAGCCUCAUUCCGGAAGUUCCAAAGACAAUUAAUAUCGAUGGAAAGAUGCGGCCGUCAGAAUCAUUCCUUCUGGAAUUCCUCUGCAAUUUCUUUUCUACUUUAUUAAUAGUUCCGGAUCAUCCAGAACAUGGGGUCCUGUUCCUUGUCCGAGAGCUUCUCAACGUGAUCCAGGACUACACCUGGGAGGACAACAGUGACGACAAAAUCCGCAUCUACACCUGUGUCCUGCACCUCCUAUCCGCCAUGAGCCAGGAGACCUAUCUCUACCACAUAGACAAAGUUGACUCCAACGACAGCCUCUAUGGGGGAGACACCAAAUUUCUGGCUGAAAACAACAAGCUGUGUGAAACGGUGAUGGCUCAGAUCCUGGAGCAUCUGAAAACCUUGGCCAAGGAUGAGGCCCUGAAGCGCCAGAGCUCGUUGGGCCUUUCCUUCUUUAAUAGCAUCUUGGCCCACGGGGACCUGCGCAACAACAGACUCAACCAACUCUCUGUCAACCUGUGGCACCUGGCACAGAGGCACGGCUGUGCAGACACCAGGACCAUGGUGAAAACUCUGGAAUACAUCAAGAAACGAAGCAAACACCCAGAUAUGGGUCAUCUGAGCGAGCUGGCCCUCAGGCUCCCUCUGCAAACAAGGACCUAACUCUGGGACUGUGAAGCCAAGUUCAGAAAGACCUGCUUUGCUUUUAUUUUUACGCAAAUUGGUUUAAGCUUUGGCCUCUACCCAGAUGAUUGUGACAUUGAAGAAGUGGGAAGUGUCAGAGCAAAAUCCAAUCUUGUUCAGAGUAGGUUUCUUUGCAGAAGUGGCCUUCAGAUUGGCAUUUAUGGAGAAACAGAAGAAUCCAAGUAACAUCUCUCAGUGUGUCUGGGUUUUUUUUGUUUUUGUUUUUUUUUCAAAUAGAAGAAACCUUGAAAAGGAGUCUACUUUUAAAGAGCCACUUUCCAUCAAGUCUGGAAUUGAAUGUUGCCUACCCUGUCAUAAUUUAUGAAAGGUAGAUGGCUCAACCUUUAUCACAAGCAGCUCAACUGGACUCAGGAUAUAUAGGUAUACACCUAGCUGUAGCCAACACCACAGAUGCAGGUGUGGUGGCACAGGCGCACAGCGGGACCGCACAGGUGAGGAGGAAGCACAUGGUGUGCGCAGGGACCCUCAGUGCAUCCACUGGGACUCCCAGGAAGAUGGCAGAGUAAGGAGGUUCUGAGCUCAGCUGCUCGCAAAAAACACACCAAUGGUGCAGCUAUACAAAGUGCAACUCCCUCUGAGAACGACCCAAAGACUAGCCGCACAGCUCUUACACAGCCAAAGGUACAAAGAAAAAACUGCACUGAGAAGGACAGGAGGCAGAGAUGCGGCCAGGAGGCAAAUCCCUGGUGCAGUGACCCGGAAGAGGGAGGGAUAUCACCCAUAAGCGUGGAGGGUCAGUCCCCUCCCUGAGUACCCCCUACCUUGGUGUAUGCACCAGGAAGAUGUGCUCCCAUGAUGUCUAGCUGUGAAAAUCUGUGGAGCUUCACUCCAGAAGGUUAUAGGAAACUGAGGCUCUACUCUCAAAAGAGCCCACUCAAGAGGCAGCAGAUUGAAAAGUGCCUAGGUUAUUUACUCAGUUUAGGGCAUGUGCUGGAGGGGCAACAAUCUGUAAGAAUUUUUUCUGGGAAUGGAAGACUCCCAUCUUUUAGCCUACUUGGACCGAGGCUGGUGGGUGCCAGAUGUGACACUUUUCAUCUACUUUGCUGGCACCACCACCAUGGCCUAGACAUUACCCUUUGGACACACCUUCCCAACGGGCACAACCUCUGUACCACGGCACAGGGUGGAGCCAUGCCCACCACAGUAUUCACUGCAGCUGUGGCCAAACCUCACAGCCAGUCUCACCAGAGGCUAGCCCCACUCCCCAGCACACACAGCCCACACAGGGGACACAGCUAGGGCACCUGAUUCUGGUGACCAGGGGAGACAGCACUGCUGCCCCCAUAGGACGCCUCCUACAUAAGGCCGCUACCUUCCAGAACUGCCGCAGCUGACCUCAUACAGAGUCAGACAAAAUGAGAGGAGUAUGUUCCAAACAAAAGAACCAGAGAUAAACCAUCUACCUAAUAAAAGGGUUCAGAGUAACAGUCAUAAAGAUGUUCACUGGACUUGAAUUCACUUUUACAUUUAUUUAUUUUUGAGAGAUAGAAUGUGAGCAGGGGAAGGGCAGAGACGGAGACACAGAAAUCUGAAGCAGGCUCCAGGCUGUGAGCUGUAAGCACAGAGCCCGAUAUAGGGCUCGAACCCACAAACCAUGAGAUCAUGACCUGAGCCAAAGUUGGAUGCUGAACUGACUGAGCCACCCAGGUCCCCCUACUGGACUUGAGUUCAGGGAGUACUUCAACAAAGAGAAGAUAAAAAAAAAAAAUCAGACCUGAAGAAUACAGUAACAAAUGAAAUUAGAAUUAGAAUUACAGAAUUAGAAAUACAGAAUUAGAAGAUACAGAAAAAUAAAUCUGGAGCACAGGGUAUUAGAAAUCAAGCUGAACAGCAAAAACAAAAAAAAAUUUUCAAUUUGAGAGAGUAUGAGCAGCAGAGGGGCAGAAGGAGAGGGAGACAGAGAAUCCUAAGCAGGCUCCACACUGUCAGCACAGAGCCCCAUGUGGGGCUCAAACUCACAAACUGAGAUCCUGACCUGAGCCAAAGAGUCAGAUGCUUAACUAACUGAGCCACCCAGGUGCCCCCCAAAAAAUCUUCUUUAAAUGACAGAUUAAAGGACCUCUGGGACAACAUCAAGCAUACAAUAUUUGCAUUACAAGCAUCCUAGGACAGGAGAGAAGAGAAAAAGGGACAGAAAACUUAUCUGAAGAAUAGGUGACAACUUUGACAAACUAGGGAAGGAAAAAGACAUCCAGGACCAGGAAGCACAGAGAGGCCUAAACAAGAUGAAUCCAAAGAGAUCCACACUAAGACACAUACAGAUGGCUCCUGUACAACACAAAUCUACUUAUAUGUGUAUUUUUAUUCUUUAUAAUACAGUACUAUAUUUUCUGAUUUUAUUAAUUUUUUCUCUAGCUUUACUGUAAGAAUACAGUGUGUAAUAUAUGUAACAUAGAAAAUGUGUUCAUCAGCUCCUUGUUGUCAGUAAGG